AUGGGUUUUCGUUUCGUGUCGACCAUUGCAGCCGUUGCGCUUCUGGUUCAAGGCGCAAGGGCUGGUCCUAAGGACAAGAAGACGCCAGUUAGUGUGCCGCCGCCGCAACCCCCUGCAAAAGAGCUGUUGCCCCUCCACACACAGACAGAAUGUUUCCAGGUACCUUACAGUGUCGAGAGAGUAUGCUUGAAGAAGGAAUCAGUCUCUAGGCCUUACAACUGCCCACAGCCUGCCACGGAUGAGGUUUGCAAACCCGUUCAGGUCAUCGUUGAUGACGUGUGCCAUCGUCUUGUGAAGAAGGAGGUAUCCUACGACUGUCCAAAAGCUACAACUCAGACGUUGUGCUCCCAGAUCCCACUAACAGUGGCGAAAACGUGUCGACGAAAGAUCAAGGAGAAGGUCGCUAGCACAUGUUCUAAGGACAUCGCCGUUCCCCGAUGUGAGAUUGACUCCAAGCUCGUUCCUGACACCUGCUACGAUACACAGCCGUAUGUCCAGGAAUAUGAAUGCUGGAGCAGCGAGACUGCCACUGUUUGCGACGUAGAAAUGAAGAACAUAAAUUCAGUCUGCACCCGCGAAGUGGAGGUUCCGGUCGCCUACGAUUACGACGACACCGUACAGGAGAAGGUGUGCUCAGUGAAGCUGCACACGAAGCAGGGGCAGUGCCGGAAGUCGAUUUUGUCCGAGGAACAAUACCCGUGUCCCGAAUCAAAGUGGGAACAAAGGUGCGUCGAAACAUUCAAGAUGAUUGAUGUUCCAUGUGAGAAGGACAUUCUGGUGGAAGAGACGUAUGACUGUAGCGAAAUGAAACCUCACCGGGUGGCCAAGACGUGCGCGAAGCGAGUUCCCGGGAAGGCGAAGAUCGAGCGGUGCCCACCACCUAGCAAAAAGCUCCGCAGAUUGGGACCCAGCAAGAGAGGAAACUGCUUCCUCGUUGAAGUUGACACUGAAGAGAUUCAACAGGUUCCAUGCGAGGAAGAAGUAAUGGCAAUGGUGCCGAAGGUGUGUACCAGGAAAGUGGCGAAAAAGGCACCGCAGCUCUGCCAUCAGAAGGUACCUGAUUCUCAGUGUGUUAUGGAGGAGAGAGUGGUUCCCAAGAUGUGCUCUAGGCCAGUAACUAAGGACGUUGAGGUGCCAUGCGAGUCUCAGGUCGCGCAAGAGGUCUGCGAAACUGUUCCUCGAAAGAUCAGGAAACAAGGAUACAAAUUUGAAAAGAAAGUCGAGAGUUUUGAGUGUGUGAAGCACGACUUCUCGGAAAACUGCUACGAAGUGAAAAAGCCCAAGAUGUCCGUCUGUGCAACCACGCUUCUCAAAAGCGUCUCCUUUGAGUGUCCCAGACGGGAAUUUCAGGAAGUCUGCAGUGACUACCCAGAGGUUAUUGCCGAGCCGUGUCUGAAGGAGGUGGAAAAGGAGGUAGAUUAUUCAUGCCCUGAGCAAACAACCGAAGAGAAGUGUCUUCACAUUCCGUCUUACGAAAUGGGCAAAUGCUCAGCGGUUGUUGAACAUGAUGAAGAGUACCCCUGUACCAGGAAGGACCUGGCAAUCAAAUGCGAGACAAUAAACCUCGACAGGGUUGGAACUUGCUUCAAAACUGAAGUUACAGAGGUCCCAUACACAUGCUACGAGACCGCAUACAAACAAGUGUGUGCUGAUAUCCCUGUAACUCACAUCCCGCCGCCGCCUCCUCCUGCAAAAAAACUGUGA